UAUGUAAACGCGUCCCUCGUGCCAUGCUACAUGUCCGAUGUAUAUCCUGUACCUUUCAACCUUAAUUCCACAUUUUAAAGGGAGAUCCUCUGGCUAUCACCAUUUUCUGCUUUGCCCAGAAACCAAACCUGUUUACCACAUAUAAAUGGAAAUGGAUCGCCACCAUUCACCACCACCAUAAAUCACCACCAGCACCAUAAAUCCGCCGUGAAUCUCGCCGCCUCGACGUAUUUCUAACACCACCAACUUACAUUUUCAUUUCCCCAUGCCUCCCUCUCGCGUCUCUGUACAUAUGGGCUAAUUAAUAAUUUUUUUCCUUAUCUUCAUUUUUACUCAAUAGUAAUUUUUUUUUAUGUAUUUAUUGUUAUUAUAAGUGUACAUCUUGUUGUUUAUUAUUGCGAAGAAAUGAUAGUUCGGUCAUUGCGAUUCAAAAUGACUACAAUUGGAAAAUGUUCAUCGAUUUAUCGAACCUCGCCGGAAUUUGAUCUCCCGGAGCCGUCGUCGGGAAAGUUAGGGUUUCAAAAGCUACCGGCAUGUAAUAGCAGAGAUAAAUUGUUCGGCCUCAGCAGUACCGAGGUCAAAACGAGCUUCGUAGCGCCUUUAAGAGCGAUCGAAGCUUCUAGAAAGGCUCAUGUCAACGGAAAAGCUGAAAAUGUUCAUCGAACAGGAUGUGAUUCCAAUGACGAUAUGCCUAUAAAUGAUUGCCAUGGUGACAGUAUACCUCAAAUGUCUACAAUUGGGAAUUCAACAAACAUUGUCUGGCACAAAUGUACUGUAGAGAAAUGUGACAGAGAGGAGUUGCUUCAGCAACGGGGUUGUGUUAUAUGGAUAACUGGCCUCAGUGGUUCAGGGAAGAGCACUUUGGCAUGUGCUCUAGGUCGUGGCUUACAUGCUAGAGGAAAACUCACCUAUAUCCUUGAUGGUGAUAAUGUUCGCCAUGGCCUGAAUCGUGAUCUUAGUUUCAGAGCAGAAGACCGAGCAGAAAAUAUAAGACGUAUAGGGGAGGUGGCAAAGCUUUUUGCGGAUGCUGGAGUUAUUUGCAUUGCCAGUUUGAUUUCUCCCUACAGGAAGGAGCGAGAUGCCUGUCGCGCUUUACUGGCAGAAGGGGAUUUCAUUGAGGUGUUCAUGGAUGUUCCUCUGCAUGUAUGUGAGGCAAGGGAUCCUAAGGGAUUGUACAAACUUGCUCGAGCGGGGAAGAUAAAAGGUUUUACCGGUAUUGAUGAUCCAUACGAGCCACCCCUAAAUUCCGAGAUAGUUUUACAUCAGAACCGAGGGCUAUUUGAUUCUCCUAAUGAUUUGGCUGAUACAGUGAUCUCAUACUUGGAUGAAGAGGGUUACCUGAAGGCAUAACUGCUCAAGCCUUAUCUGCAUACCUGCAAUUUCAAUCUUUAUUCAUUGGCCGGUUUGGUAUGGUUUUGAAAGAUUUCGGUGGGGUAUUUUCGGUUUUCAAAAUGUUAUGACAAUACCAUACCGAAAUAAGUUCGAUAUGGUUUGGUUUUCUACCUUUUAGUUUUGGUUUGUGUGGUUCGGUAAUUUCGGUAUUACUCUUUAAAGUUAUAUUUUACCAACUAUACUUGUGAUUGUGA